AAGGUGUUCAUGAGAACAGUGAAGAUUAUAAUGAUCCAGACUAUGUUGUUUCCAGUAAUUCAGAUGAUUCAGAUAAUGAAUCAAAUGCUUCUAUUGUUUCUCGAAGCUUUAUAACGCAUGAAAAAUCUAAUACUUCAAAAAGCAGCCUUGAUACCUCAAAGCAUACUUAUGAAGGAAAAGCCACUUGUGAUGACACAAAUCUUAUUGUAUCAAAAUCUGAAAAAAAAGGAGCAAAUAAAAAAUACUUUUGCAUGUACUGCAAAAAAUUACAAACCAAAUUCGCAAGACACUUGGAAACUGUCCAUAAAAAUGAGAAAGAAGUAAAAAAGUUUAUUUUGCUUCCUAAAGGUAAUUUAGAAAGAAAGGCUAUUAUAGAUAGUAUUAGAAAAGAAAGUAACUUUAUUUAUAAUACCAGCUCCCAGUUUAAUACAGGAGAUCUAAUAGUAUCUCGUAGACCUUCAAAAGCUAACAAACCUGCGACAGAUUUUACCUGUUGUCCAAAGUGUAAGGGUUAUUUUACAAAAAAUAACGUAAGGCAUCACUUUCAAAUUUGUAACCAAAGAAGCAUUGGCAAGAAGGUUCUAAUGCUUGGUAGAAAAGUACAAGCACGGAUACACAGUAAAGCCAGUGAUGUGCUUAGAAAAGUAAUCUUUCCAAUUUUAAGAGAGGACGAUGUGUCUAGAGUAAUCAGAUAUGAUGAAUUAGUGAUACUUCACGCAAAUAAAUUAUGUAGAAAAUUUAGGAACCAGCGUCAUCAUGACAUGAUAAGAGCGGAAUUAAGGCUUUUAGGUCGUUUCCUGAUUUCUAUUAAAAAGUUUAAUCAAAGUAUCACUGAUUUUGCCUCAAUCUAUCAACCACGCCAUUAUGACUCAUGCAUUUUAGCUACUAAAGAUGUAGCACAAUUUGAUCCAGAUAGUAACACAUUUAAAACGCCGUCUGUCGCUACACGACUUGGUACUCUUUUAAAAAAAUUAGGAGAUUUAUUAGAGACUGAAUAUAUUAAAAGAGAUGAUAAUGAGAGUUUAAGGAAUGUACAAAAUUUCUUGAAACUUUUGGUAGAAGAUUAUGGAACAACAAUAAAUAAAACAGCAGAGGAAACCAUAACACAAAAUAAAAGAAAUAUAUUGUAUAAUGAUCUUAUUAAAACUUACAACUACAAUACGUGGUUAAAUUUAUUAAAAGUAACGCUUACUUCUUUGCAAGUUUUUAACAGAAAAAGAGCAGGUGAAAUAGAAAAAGUUGUAAUAGAAGAUUACAAAUGUUAUAAAAGUGUUGGAGAGCAUACAGACCCAGAAGUGUAUCAUUCAUUAUCAAAGGCUGGAAAAGAGAGUCGGAAGUCACAGAGUUGGCAAACUUUAUGGGGCAUGAUAAGAGUAUACAUAAAUCACAUUAUCGACAGUCAAUUCCUGAAUUAGACAUUCCAAAAUUCUCUCGACUUCUAAACGUAGCUAUUUUUAAUACUGACGAGAAUGACAAUGAUGAUGAAGAAGGCUCAGUUGGCUCUUCCGAAUCUUUUCAUACCAAUGA